AUGUCGACAUUGAACAGAACGUCUUCGUCGUCACUGUUUACGAGAGCUAAAGGGGUUGAUUGUGACCAUUCCGGACUCUUCCCUCGGUUUCAUCGUGCCGUUUCUCUAUCGACAUACGCUACCUAUCAACACACACGACUCCACCUCUACACGGUACGCCUGAGACGCCUCAAGAUGGCCCCAUGGUGCCCGAAUAUCACCUCACAGACUUUUCAUUCUCGCAUACUUGGAACGGUUCGUUACCGUUCGCCUCCGAUGUUGGCUUUGAGAAGAGGUCUAGAUCAUGGAGAACUCUGGUUGUGCGGUGGCGGAAUACUGCAUGGUGCCAGCCAAUGAGGAGGAUUGGACGGCAGUCAUCCACAGACUUUCUACGUUCAUAAUUGACGAAGCCGCACAUUUGAGCGCGGAAUUAUACGUUUUUGGCCGGAGACGAGACUGAAGGGGCAAGAUUACGACAGAUGUCAGGAGAGAGGUCCAAGGAACAUGAGAGAAUGCUGACAAUCUUGCUUCUCCGCCUUUUUUCUUUCUUUCUUCGCAACACACCACUGGGUGGCGUUAAUAAGUGGAGGGGCUGUGUUAAGGGCCGGAGUAGCCGAAGAAUCGUCGAUCGGGACAGGAUGGCAAAAGAUCUCACCGGGAGGUUCCCAAACAAUUAGCUGUUUUUCAUCGUGUCUGCGGUGGGAUGUACACAUGUCAUGCUACCACCUUAAAUCCAUUUCAUGUUUUUGGUGUUCAGUCUUUCGGGU